AUGGAAAUGGAUGUUAAUCUGCGUAAAGCAAGCGCCGUCGAACUGAUGACCAUCUCAGCGGGCUCCUAUAGCAUCGACCACAAACUAAAUAAUAACAACAGCACGUCAUCGUUUGCUUUGCGACCGGUGGCGCCUGGCACGCCAGCCACACAUCGCAUUGGUUGCUGCGGCAUAAUUGGUCGGUUGCUUUGCUCUGGUGGCACCAGCACAGCUAAAACAGGCAGCAGCAGUGUUGACUAUCAGAAUUUCAACAGCCUAAUGCCUAUCGCCGGAAAUCAGCAAGUUUUGCAUACGAAUGUUUCGGCUACUCCUAGUGCCGCAGCUGUUGUUUCGGCGGUAUGUAAAGCGAAUCUUACGCGCCGUCCCCAGUCACGUCGCACGCCGCAGGAAGUCUAUUUCGAGAGCCGGGGCAAGUCUUGCAAGAAGCUGCUUAAGUUCAAUGGCUACUCAAACAAGUGUAUUGGUUUUGGCAGCUUGUCGCUUUAA